CCGAUGAGGGAGAGUGCGGAAAGACAAAGGCGGCCGGAGAGACGGAGCAGGCGGGGGAGAGAAUGAGAGGCGCAGAGGGAUGUCGGGACGUGUGAUGAUUUAAGCAACGGGGAGUGGCUCGAAGCGUCCCUCCGAGAGAUACAGGCCGGAAGGGUGAACCCGAGCACCCAACUCACGUGACCUGCCUUGACCUCAUCUGACCCGAGCCGGUUCGCCGCCGCCGCCGCCAUGGCUAAACCCGGAGCCGUCAGCUCAAUCAGGAAGGACGAGGCUGUCCCCGCGGCCACCCAGGCGUCCGCGAAGGCCAACGGUCACGGCUGGGAGCCCGGGUCGGUGUGCGUGGCGCGCUUCAGCUUCAACGGGGAGAAGAAGAAGGACCUGCCCUUCGCGAAGGGCGACCGCCUCACCAUCGUGCGGCCCUCCAACGUGAGGCCCUCCAACAGUAAGCAGUGGUUUCUUGCGAAGGACGCGACCGGGCGUGAAGGCCUCAUCCCCAUCACCUACAUGCAGCAGCAAACGAGGGGGGGCGCCCCCCCGACCGGCGAUAAGAUGAACUCCAUGCCUUGGUUCCACGGGAAGAUCUCGCGGGAGGAGGCGGAGCAGCUGCUGAUGCCACGCUCGGACGGCCUCUUCCUGGUGCGGGAGUCCACCAACUACCCGGGCGACUACACGCUGUGCGUGAGCUGCGGCAGCCGCGUCGAGCACUACCACGUGGCCUGCCAUCACGGGCAGUUCUCCGUGGAUCCCGGCGUUGACUUCGAAAGCCUGCCCAAGCUCAUCGACUACUACUGGACCGACGCCAACGGGCUGUGUACGCGCCUCACCUACCCGCGCCUCACCAGCACGGCGCUGGCGAUGAAGGAGCAGGAGUUCUUGAACUGUGGCCGGGUCAUAAAUAUGAACGAACUGAAGCUCGGCGAGGUGAUUGGGAGUGGCGAGUUUGGAGACGUGUACCUGGCCCAGUACAAGGGCACUGCCGUCGCCGUCAAGUCCCUCCACAUGGAGUCGUCGACGUUGCAGGAGUUCAUGUCCGAGAUCACCAUCAUGACGAAGCUCCGCCACCGCCACUUGGUGAAUCUGCUGGGCGCGGCGAUGGGCGAGGUCCUCUACAUCGUCACCGAGUACAUGGCCAAGGGCAGCCUCAUCAACUACCUGAGGUCACGGGGUCGCGCGGGGAUUACCAAGGUGGAGCAGAUCACGUUUGCCCUUCACGUGUGCGAGGGAAUGGACUACCUGGAGGAGCAGAACUUCGUGCACCGCGACCUGGCGGCCCGUAACGUCCUCAUCUCGGAGGACAUGACCGCCAAGGUGGCCGACUUCGGCCUGGCGGGGGAGCGGGGCAAGGGCAGCAUGACCAAGAAGCUGCCUGUCAAGUGGACGUCGCCGGAGGCACUGCGCAAGCACGAAUUUUCCACCAAGUCAGACGUGUGGAGUUUUGGAAUCCUCCUCUGGGAAAUCUACUCCUUCGGCCGCGUUCCCUACCCCCGCGUGCCCUUAAAGGAUGUGGUGGAAUACGUGGAGGAUGGCUACCGCAUGGACCCCCCUGAGCUGUGCCCCAGCACUGUGAGCAGCGCCAUGAGCGCGUGCUGGCACGUGGAUCCAGCGUGUCGUCCCAGCUUCCGCGACCUGCGGCGAAUCCUGCAGCACGAGAAGAUCCGCGACGACCUGCAGAAGUGCUGAGAGUGGCGCCCGCGGGGGGUUCCGAGUCCGUGGGGGUAAAGGGGUGGGGGCGCGGGGGGGUGGCGGGGGGUUUAGAUCAGGGUAGAGUUGCCACCUGUCCCGGUUUUCACAGAAUCUGUCUUAUUUUCAGGUAGUUGUUUUUGGGAACUCUGCGAGUCUUCCUGGGACGUUACUUAAAGAUUUCGGUUAUUAUAAUAAUCAUAUGGCAUUUGAGGCAAUGAAUUUGUGUGUAGUUUUCCCCUCUUCUGGCACUGUGAAAUAUUCGUAUUGCCAUGGUAUGUCUAGGUUUUUUUUUUUCCUCCCCAGAGGUGGCAACCCUAGGUGGCGGGAGAGGUGGAGUGGCAGUGUGGCCAUGGCGGGGGGGAGGGGGGGCCAUGAGGUUUUUCUGGUGCCCCCACCAUCAGCCAGCUUCGUCCGUGACCCUGUGUGGCAUUGCUCGCUUGACCAUCGUCAGCAGCACACACGCGAGAGCCGCAGCACGAGCCAGACCUUGGGUCGUGUCGGGGUUUUGCAGAGUUUCUGGAGCUGCAACAGAUCCGUCCACACAUCGCGAUUUCUUCUCAGCCCGAGCGAUUUUUCGCCUGAGGUUGUCGCGCCGCCGGUUUAUCCAACGAUUCACUCCGAUCGCCGCCACCAUCCCGUCGCGUCGGCGAGUACUCUCAAGUCUCGAGUGUGUAUUUGUUGAAGCGGGGUGAGAGCUCGAGAGAGGGAGAGAGUCUUAAUUUGCAAGAGUGGCCUGGGUAAGCAAACUCACAAAAGCAAAAACAUGAAAAAAACUCGGUACAGCAAUGAAGCAAAUGGAAAAGAGCAAUAGGAGCAAAAGUAAGAAAUUGAAAGAGUGCACGAACCAUAAUGACGAUGGUAAAGUUCAUGUCCAGUAACAAAAGUUGGCUCGGAAAAAAGAACUCAAAGCCAUUCGGAAUAAAAAUGUUGUUGUCCUUCCCCGCACCUCCGACUAGCACGUUUGGCUACGUACGGUGCAAAAGAAGAUCGACAUAGAUACAAUAUAUUUUUGGUGAUUCUUACAUGAGUAUGCAAAGAGACGGAGGAUGUGUCAGGUACAUAUAACCAAACUCUGGACUCUAGAGGUAUCAGCUGGUGGGAUAUGACUUCCUGUAGCAUCACUUUUUGGACAGCUCCUUCUUGGUAUCCAUAAUAAAGGGUUUUCUUUGGGUGAGAUCGCGUAAAUAUAAAUGUGUCGUUAAACCCGCCACCACCCGAGACAACCACUUAGCAAGGUUUGUCACGUAAGCAAAACGUGCUAAUUAGUUACUAGUACAGCACACCGGGGUGUUGGAGAGUAAACCCACAACAUUUACAAUUCGGGUACGACGUUUCUCUGGUGAUUACAACCAGCCUCAUCAGGCGACUAUCCAGAAUUGUGAAGACUAUUAGUCGUGAAAACCCACGUAUUCAACCGACUACCCAUCUUGGGGAUGUCACGGUCGUCCGUGAUUGGCUCGUUGAUGAAGCCAUGUCCUUAUCACCUGGUCAUUCGAUAAACUUCGGGCAACAGUCGCUAUGCUAUUGCCGAGCUAAAUUUGUUACGCGUGGAUGCAGAUUUUAAAUCUAAAUAUUUUUGCUUACGUGACUUUGUCGAUUCACGGGUCUACCCCUUACAUAGCCGGCAAGUUGUUUUUGUACCUACUCCAAAAUAUAAUCCAUCGGGAGGUGAUGGGGUUAAAUCAAUGUAAAAGCUCUAAUUUUAAAUAAAAUCAAAGUGUUAUUAUACA